UACAUUCGAGCAGGUUCCCGAGAAAGUGUAACCGGACGCCAUUCCGUUGCAACAGCAACACCAGCGACAACAGCGACGGCUCCGCCAUCGGUUGCGCCUCUCCACAAACACGUUCGCCCUCCAUCUACGCACCCUCCACACCCGAAAGCGCCCGCGUCAUGGAGCAAAAUCACAGACAACGCGUUCUCCCGCCCGACCUGCCGGCCCUGCUGCGCCAGCGGGAGGCUGAGAAAGCCGCCGCAGCGAAACCCCGGUUCAUCCCAAAGAAGGAGCGCGAGCGGCUGGCAGCCGAGAAGGCGGCCAAGGAGGAGGAGGAACGCAGGGAACGCGAGCAAGCGCUAUCAAGGAAAUCCUCAAACGGCGUAAAUGGGCUAAAUGGAACCAACGGAACCAACGGUGUCAACGGUGUCAACGGGAUUCGCGGCGCAAGGCCUACGGCUGAAAUACCGACCGGCCCCAAGGCUAUGCGCCAGCCUGGCGAUGGCGGCGAGUAUCGUACAAGUGGAAAGCGUGGCCGGCCAAGCGACGACGACGAGAAGCGGGCAGAGAUGGAACGGAACGAUGCGGCGGCGCUGAAGGCGCGGUAUAUGGGCCCCGAAGUCAACCAGUCUACCUUCUCCGUCAAGAAGAAGAGGAGGCGAACGGCAGCGAACAAGUUCAACUUCGACUGGGACCCCGAUGAUGACACCAGCAGACCCUACGACCCCAUCUAUGCCGAACGCCCCGAUCCGCUGAUCAGGCUUGCGGGCUACGAAAACGACGAUGAGCUGGUGCGCCGCAAAGCGGAACUUAUCCGGCGCGGCGACCCAGAGACCGGAGAGCAGCGGGCGAGGCAACUUCUGGAACAGCAUGAGCGUGCCAAACAAGCGGCAGAGCGCAAAAAUCUAGGCAAGCACUGGUCCGAGAAGAAGCUAGAGGACAUGAAGGAGCGCGAUUGGCGCAUCUUCAAGGAGAACUUUGGCAUCGCCACCAAGGGCGGCGCCAUCCCGAAUCCGAUGCGGAGCUGGCAGGAGUCGAAUCUUCCACGCCGGCUGCUCGAAAUCGUCCACAGCGUCGGCUACGACGAGCCAACUCCGAUCCAGCGGGCUGCCAUACCGAUCGCUCUGCAGGCGCGCGACUUGAUUGGCGUGGCUGUGACCGGUUCCGGAAAGACGGCCGCCUUUCUAUUGCCGCUUCUCGUAUACAUCUCCGAGCUUCCCCCUCUUACAGAGGACAACAAGAACGACGGGCCAUAUGCCCUUAUCCUCGCGCCAACUCGAGAACUGGUGCAGCAGAUCGAAACAGAAGCUAGGAAAUUCGCCGACCCUCUGGGCUUCACCGUGGUCAGCAUUGUCGGCGGUCACUCGCUGGAGGAGCAAGCAUUUGCGCUCCGCAAUGGCGCCGAGAUCAUUGUGGCGACGCCGGGCCGUCUGGUCGACUGCCUCGAGAGGCGCCUGCUUGUCUUCUCACAGUGCUGCUACAUCAUCAUGGAUGAAGCAGACCGCAUGAUUGACCAGGGCUUCGAGGAGCCCCUAACCAAGAUUCUCGACGCGCUCCCGGUAACCAACGAGAAGCCGGACACGGAGGAUGCAGAGAACCCGCAGUUGAUGAGCCGCUAUCUAGGCGGGAAAGACCGGUACCGACAGACGAUGAUGUACACGGCGACCAUGCCGCCGCUAGUGGAGAAAAUCGCCAAGAAGUAUCUCCGGCGGCCGGCCAUCGUGACCAUCGGCAACGCCGGCGAGGCGGUCGACACGGUCGAGCAGCGCGUCGAGUUCAUUGCCGGCGAGGACAAGCGGAAGCGGCGGCUGCAGGAGAUCCUCAACUCCGGGCAGUUCAAGCCGCCCAUCAUCGUCUUUGUCAACAUCAAGCGCAACUGCGAAAUGGUGGCCAAGGACAUCAAAUCCUGGGGCUACUCUACGGUCACCCUGCACGGCAGCAAGACGCAAGAGCAGCGUGAAGCGUCGCUGGCGUCGCUGCGGAACGGCCAAUCGAGCAUCCUCGUCGCGACGGAUCUGGCCGGCCGUGGUAUCGACGUGCCGGAUGUGUCGCUGGUCGUCAACUUCAACAUGCCGUCGAGCAUCGAGGCGUACACCCACCGCAUCGGCCGUACCGGUCGCGCGGGCAAGAGCGGUGUGGCCAUCACGUUCCUCGGCAACGAGGACGCCGAUGUCAUGUACGACCUGCGGCAGAUCAUCUCCAAGUCGUCCAUCUCGAAGGUACCCGAGGAGCUGCGGCGGCACGAGGCCGCGCAGUCGAAGCCGAUGCGCGGCGGCGGCGGGAAGAAGCUGGAGGAAAGCGGCGGGUUCGCUGGGAAGGGAGGGUCGUGGCAGUGAAAGGAUGCCAGGGUGGCUGUCCACUGUACAUUUUGUACAAAGCAUUCUUCCAAGGCACUUGAAGACUAAGGUGUGUUAUUGAUGGCAACAGUGUGACCUUGCAGCUUGUCCGUCUCGUACUCCGUUCCAAGGACAGUAAGGAGUAAGUUGGAAAAAAAAAGAAAAAGAAAAAAAGAAAAGAAAAGAAAAGAAAAAAAAAGAAAAAAAAGAAAAAAAAAAAUAAAGAAAAAAGAAAAAAAUAA